AUGCCACAGCUCAAGCCAAUACCGUUGACCAUGGACGAGUUGCAACUCUCUCCUGACGAUGAGAGAUAUGCCGAUGGCGCAGCUUGUGUGCGCAAAUACUGGGCGCAUGCUACCCAGCUCAAUGUUUGGCAGCAGAAGCAAAUGAUCGAACAUAUCAAAAGCCACAGUUACGCAGUGGAACCUGCCGGAAGUCCUAUACAAUCACACAAGCUGUAUCGCGAAGAGAUGCUACGACACCAAAUGCUUGGCUUAGUAGGCCUAACGUCGCCUCCUUACCUCAUUCUAUCAGCAGUAUACCCCAAGUUGCCAGAGGAGUAUGUGGAGGCAGUCAAGCUUGCAUUUGGAACCUAUGAUAUCGAUGCAAUCAAUAAAUAUUUCAGGCUGCUGGGCCUCAAAAAGAAAGAGCAAUUAGCUACUAUCGCCAUUAAAAAAAGCUCCCCAUCCAUCCAGAGGAAGCAACCAGCGUCGAGUUCUUUGGCCAAGCAGCGACAAAUCAGCAGUGCAAGCUCGGCUCCUGGCAACGAUAUUUCCAGUCCCCCUCCGGUCUUGGAACACUUACAGCCUGGGUAG